ACGAACUCUCGUCGUCAACAAAAAACAACAAAACCCUAAUCACCCUGCGAGCUCCGGCCAUGCUCAUCAAUGGCGAUCAUCAAAACCCUAGUCCGAUCCCUCACCCGCCGGAACCGUAACCCUAGAUCCAGUAUCCCUCUCUUCUCCUUUUCAUCCCCUCACUCCCUUUCUCCCGCCUUCUCCAUCGCCUCGAACCCCUCCUCCUCCUCCAUUCUCCGCCUCACCUCCUCUCACUCGGGCCCUCGCUUUAUCUGCUCCCCUCCAUGGAUGCUGUCUCAGUUCACCACCCCUCUCUAUUUGAGGGGUAAAGAUGCGAUCUUUCCCAGUGACUUGCUCCGCGUGAGGAGCUUUCCGACCGAGCUAGGGUUUAUAGGUGGCGAUGGGGGGUUGAUUAGUGAUGGAGGUAUUGAGAGGGUUGAGCUUGAUGACAGGUUCCUCAAUUUGCCGAAUUUGAUCUCGAUUUCUCGCGGGGUUUCGGGACCUUUCAUUGGAUGGAUGAUUAUAAACGAAUGGUAUCUUCCAGCAUUUUGUGGAUUGGCAAUCUCCGGAGCAACUGAUUGGUUAGACGGAUUCCUCGCUAGAAAGAUGGGUAUUAAUUCAGUGUUUGGAUCAUAUCUUGAUCCCCUUGCUGACAAGGUUCUAAUUGCGUCUGUUGCUUUAGCUAUGGUGAAGCAAGAUCUUUUACACCCUGCAUUGGUUGGCCUUGUUGUGUUUAGAGAUGUUGCUUUAGUCAUCGGCGCCAUUUAUAAAAGAGCUUCUAGCUUGGGGUGGGAGUGGAAGAGUUGGUCAGAAUUUGUCAACCUUGAUGUCUUGCAUCGAGAGAAAGUGGAACCCCUCUUUAUUAGCAAGGUUAAUACAGUCUUCCAAUUGCUAUUAGUUGCUGGUGCUCUUCUUCAACCGGAAUUUGGCACUGAAGAAACACAAUUGUACAUCAAAUACUUGAGUUGGUUGGUAGCUUCAACAACAAUAGCAUCUUCUGCAGCUUAUGGAGCUCAACAUCUUCGCAGUAGAUCAGCUUACGCCAUCAGAAAACUGUAGCAAAAUAUUGCAAAUAGUGCAGUUGGUUGGUGGUAUUUUCGACAGCAAUAGUCUUCGGCAGCCUGUGGAGGUCAAUGUCCUUGUAACUGUUCAGUUUCGCCAUCAACAGACAGUAGCCAGGUUCAGAAGUAGCAAGUUGUUAUGAUUUCUUUCUGUCACACCACUAGAGGUCGCGAGGCUAAGUACAGUCCCUAAAAUCCCAAGUCGAAUGGAUUUUGUACAACAUCAGGAUCGUCCCCCAGGAUGGAGCUUGUAAAUGCUGGGUUAGGGAAACUCUGGUCGCAGAUUUGAUGUCGAAAAAAGUUUAAAAGAGAACAAGGCUGACAAAAUCAGUACGUAAUUUGACAGAUGAGUUCUUCUCUGUACCUGUUUAUUUAUCUAUGUUACUCGGUUGUAAAUUGAAUUUUGUUGCAUAUCCUUGAGCAAAGAGAGGACGGAACGGGGAAAGGUAAUAAGUUCCUCCAAUUGCAAAUUUGUUUUCUUCCAAGAGGUUCAGAAUCCAAAUCUCGUUAUUGUCAUAUUUUAAUGUAUUUAUUUGCUUUGUUUUUUCAGUCAA